UUAUGUUUGUUGGAACUUUCAUUACUCCACAAAAGCAGACGCUUAGGCAGCAUUUUCCACAGCGAAGAUGAUGCAACCACAGAUAAUCCUCCUGAAGGAGGGCACGGAGGCCUCCCAAGGAAGAUCCCAAGUCAUCAGUAACAUCAAUGCUUGUCAAGUAGUAGCAGAGGCAGUCAAGACUACGCUUGGCCCUCGUGGAAUGGACAAGCUCAUGGUCGACCCAAGAGGGAGUGUGACCAUCUCCAAUGAUGGAGCCACAAUAGUAAAGCUACUGGAUGUCAUCCACCCAGCUGCCAAGACACUCGUUGAGAUUGCAAAAUCACAGGAUGCUGAGGUCGGUGAUGGUACCACCACAGUAACGAUGCUGGCAGCGGAGUUCCUUAAACAAGUGAAGAGUUACGUGGAUGAGAACGUGCACCCACAGGUCAUCGUCCGCUCCUACCGCAAGGCCACCCAACUAGCUCUGGACAAGAUCCGCGAGAUCGCAGUCAAAAUAGAGAGCGACAAUCCUGAGGAGCAGAAACAGCUUCUCCAGAAAUGUGCCGCUACAACGCUAAGCUCUAAGCUGGUCUCUGCCCAGAAAGACUUCUUCUCUCACAUGGUGGUGACUGCAGUCAGUAUACUGGAUGAGAACCUUCCAAUGGAUAUGAUUGGCAUUAAGAAGGUGCAAGGUGGUGCUCUUGAGGAAUCCAGACUGAUCGCAGGUGUUGCCUUCAAGAAGACCUUCAGCUACGCAGGCUUUGAGAUGCAGCCCAAGACAUAUAAGAACCCCAAGAUUGCUCUACUCAACAUCGAGUUGGAAUUGAAGUCUGAGAAGGAGAAUGCUGAGAUCAGGGUUGACAAUGUUGAGGAUUAUCAAAACAUCGUUGAUGCUGAGUGGUCCAUCCUGUACGACAAACUGGAUAAGAUUCAUCAGAGUGGUGCCAAGGUAGUCCUCUCUAAGCUUCCCAUCGGUGAUGUAGCUACUCAGUACUUUGCUGAUAGAGAUUUGUUCUGUGCUGGACGCGUUGUAGAUGAAGAUCUUAAGCGUACCUUACAGGCCUGCGGGGGCGCUAUACAGACGUCCGUCCAGAGUCUCACCGAGGAUGUGCUAGGCACUUGUGAAGCCUUUAACGAAGAGCAGAUAGGCGGAGAGAGGUAUAACUUCUUCACAGGCUGCCCACAUGCUAAGACAUGCACCCUGAUCUUGAGGGGUGGUGCCGAGCAGUUCAUUGAAGAGACAGAGAGGUCUCUCCAUGACGCUAUCAUGAUUGUUAGACGAGCCAUCAAGAAUGAUGCAGUCGUUGCAGGUGGGGGCGCUAUUGAGAUGGAAUUGAGCAAGUACCUUCGGGAUUACUCUCGUACCAUUGCCGGCAAACAGCAGAUUCUGAUUGGUGCGUUUGCCAAGGCCUUGGAGGUCAUCCCUAGGCAGUUAUGCGACAAUGCUGGGUUCGAUGCCACCAAUAUACUCAACAAGCUCAGGCAGAAACAUGCACAAGGAGAGAUGUGGUAUGGAGUAGAUAUACUUAAUGAGGAUGUAGCCGACAACUUUGUCGCUUGUGUCUGGGAGCCCGCAAUCGUCAAAAUCAACGCAAUCACGGCAGCGUCAGAGGCAGCCUGUCUGAUCCUGUCUGUUGAUGAGACAGUCAAGAACCCCAAAUCAACCAACGCUGAUGAUCGGCCGGUAAAACCACCCAUGGGUAGAGGCAGGGGAAGAGGUAGACCACGCUGAGUACAACCAAAGAUUUAGAAUUGUGCUCGUCGGUUUAAUGUUGAUGUUAAAUUCAUGUGUUUUAGGCAAUUCAAGGAUUUCGUACACAAGGCCAGUUUUAAUAGGAUUUGCUUUCAAACCUUAAACUGAGUUUUACCGGUUCUGACUUAUGUUCCAUAUUCCUAAUAGCACAUGAAUCUUGUCCCUAGGACCUUUGCAGGACAUAAGAACUUGUUAUUACUGUUGAAACCCUACAUUAUAUGACUCACUGUUUCCUUUUCAUUCGGUGGUUAUACUGAAAUUUCUCUGGCUUGUCUAAUACCGCUAGUCAAAGCCAUUAAAUACCAGUGCUUAAUUCUCGGAGUGCUGAACUAUUGCGUCUGCUUAGCAAAAGUGAGCAGAAUACCAGUCACAAAUGGUACGGGGGACAUGUUUAAUUAACCGGUAACCUUAUUCUGGUAAGCAUAACUUUGUUGUGCUUAGCUACUUUUUUUGUGCUUAGGCAGCUCUGUGAAUUUGUGCCCAUGUACAUGUAUAUGGGCUAGUUAAUGAUGACAAUAGUGUGUACCAAUGUGUGGGUUUAUUUUGUUCAAGAGUGGUUUAGAAAUGAUUGAAUUGCCUAAAAGAUUGAAUAUUCUGACUGUCUAUAAAGCUUGCAAGUCACUUGUAGUUCUCAUUGUUGAGCAAGAAAUUUCCCUUUAAAUAUUUCAAACUUGAUGCAAUGUUUACUGUGUAUGUGUCUCUCGAUUUCCGUAGAUUGUCAUUCACAUAUGUAAACAGUAUUGCUUUGCAACUUUGCUGUAACAAAUAUUACUCUGUCUUAUGAUCCUUUUGGUAAUUUACCAGAUAUUACCGCUGUUUAUCUUUUCAAUGUUUCAGCAAUGGUUCGUGAGCUUAGAGCCAUUGCAAAACAAAGGGAACCAUGUAGACCCCCGUAGAGUUCAGUACUUGUGUAACUCCCAUCUCAUGCAACUGAACAUGAAUGUAGUCUAUAUUGGGUUUUGUCUUGUACAAUCAUGUGAUGAUACAGCAAGAAAACAUUGCAACCCGAUCAGCAAACUUAGUCUGGAUGUUGUAAAAUGAUCAUCAGGUACUGUCUACACAAUGGAACAUGAUAAGAUCCUGUCUGAACAUUGUAACCUGAUCGCCCCACUCCCCCCUUAACCCAUAUAAAGGGGGAAGUUCCUCCUUGUCACUACACUCACCCUAGACCUCCUUGUAGGUAAGAACCUCUGGCUCUAUCUACAAAGCUCUUUAAGACUAUUGUCAACACAUGACAUUUGAGUCCGUAGCGAGAGAGAAAUUUACGAGGGGGUCGGGGGAGGGUUGGUUAAAAAAGAUUCUCAGUAGACUUCAAUUAUUCAGAUGGUGUCUAAAAGAAUACGCCAAAAGUUAUUGUGUGUGGUGAGAUAAACGCUUUGACGUGACGGUACAUUGAACAUGAGGUUCCUGUUCUGAAUUCGUCACUGGUGGUUGACAGCACCUAAGGUGUGUACAUGGCGACCGAUGCAUGGUUUAGAUUACUAGCUAUCAAUCAGACAGUAGGCAUGACCUAUAUAAUCACGUCAAGGUGUGUCGGGCUUUGUGUAAAUGGGGGCUGCCCUGUGUAUCAUCUUAGUGUAAAGUGGUUCUCUUACUGUAACAGGUGACGAGGGCCCCCCCCCCCCCCAGGAUACACAAGCCUCUCUUAGUUCAGGGAAAAGUAACCAAUGAUAACGCCAGUAGUGCUUGUCAUGUAAUGAUAUUAGGCCAAACGCCAUUGUAUUACACUGACCACUGAGAUGCGCCUUCUGUUGCUCUGUUUCACCAAUGUGGGAGUCGCCCCAGUACAACCGCAGUGUCUUAAAAGCGCACUUCAUUGUAUAACACACGGCGGUGUUGACCUUGAUUGACACUAUAUCAUGAUGAUGACAUCGGGUGACUUGAGUCACUAGCAUCGAUCAAUCUGUCACCUUGACUUUUCACUCAAUCAAAACACCUUUGUUGUUUAAAUCUAGUGGAAAUCUAGAACAAUAAAUUGCAAUGCAGUUUGUCAACGUGGUCGUGGGGAAAAAUGUGUUGCUGAUUGUCUGUACUUUAUUUGCAUCUAAGUCCGUUGGCAUUUUGGAUUGUAACAUUUUGUUUAUGACUAUGCUAUCAAGUGAAAGCUGAUUUUGCUUCGCAAAAUGUGCAAAAUUGUAUGCUCAUAAGUUACGUCUGAAUGUUCUAUGACUGACACCCUUGUACUUGAAUCCUGUCCCCCAUCCCAUCUCCCCCCCCCCCCCCCAACCGCAAGUGUUCAGAUUUUGUAGUGUUGUGUAGAAUAUUGUUUUGUAGAACUAUAAAGCCCUGUUGCUAUUGUUUUCAUAAACCAAUUGAGAAUUGCAUUUAUACCCUGAUUGAUGCCCAGGAAUAAGUCUCUUUGGUCGUCAGCCCCAAGGCUCUUAGGCCGUCAGCCGAGCAUAGAGAAAGGUCACAGCAGAUGGUCAUAUGUAAUAAAAUGGUGCAUUUGUAAGGUGGAUGUUAUUUGCGAGAUGUUUGUGGCUAGAAUUACUCCGAAGACAUGUUUUUCCAUUCCCAUUUUGGAUUGAACUUGUUCACAAUGACCAAUGAAUGGCUGAAAAGCAAUCCAACUUUUACACUCGGGUUUUUUUCUCGAAACACAAUUUGUACAUGAAUUGCUUUUGCUGGGGUGCACUUUCAUUACGUCCUGCUACGGGGCACAAGACAACCUCAUUUCGUACUGGGCCACCAGUCUAUCAUAUGAGUUUGCCAUAUUAUGGUUCUCGGGUGACUGUUUUUCAAGAAGUACCAGUGUAGUCGUUGUAUAAUGACGAAGUGCAGACUUGUGAUUUGUCAUGAGUUCUCCUGAUUUCAGGAUUUCAAAAUAAACCUCCCUUAGCUUUCAGAGUUUCUUGAAAGAGUCUAACUCACCACCACAGAGACAAAAUACUCUGCCCUUGGUUGGUAUGAUCUAAAAUGUAGAUUUCUAUUCAAGGUGAUGUAAAGAGCCUACAUGUAUGUGUUAUCAAAUUUUCAGAUUUGUUUUUUCUUUUUUGUACAAUCUCACUCUAGUAGGUGUUUUUAUAUUGUCCUUAUUGAAAGGGUUGAACAGUGCUGUUUUUCAAGCUCAUUGUUAUAAUUUGUUUGUUACCCCUAUACACUGCUGUUUAUUAAUCAUCGUAUACUCCAUGCUUUUCCCAGUUUUGUGAGAAAAAAAAAUUGCAUGAUUGCCUUCAUAUUUAUUUUACAGAACUCUGGAAAGUACUGAGUAAACGAUGAUCGAAGUAAGGGUUGAAAAACGAAUUAUUUUCUAGAUCCCAGAUGCAAAAGGUCUACACUCUUUGCUCUUACAAAACUUAACCCAAAUCUUACACCUUGUAUAGUUGUGUGACUAAAUGUGCAUCGUCAAUUUUGCUGUGUGGCCAAAAAAUAAAUAUUCACCAUAAAAAAUGGUUUGUAACCUGGU